UAAAAAUGACAGACUCUUCUUUUGAAAGUUAUCAGUUUCAUAUUUCUGGGAAAUCAAAUAGUGAUGGUGGCUCUCAAAAUAGCAGCAUGGAAGGUAGCGAUUUUGCAGAAUUGUUUGAUAUACUAGACCCAACAUUGAAGAAAACUAAAUCAAAGUCCCCUAAAUAAGUUUACUAAAGACUCUAACGAAUCCGAAAUUGGAUUAGAAGAAGUCAAAGAAAAUGAGAAUAGGAGUAUCCUGUAUCAACUUCAUAAUCUCUCGGAUCAAUUUAACUCAAAAACUGAGAAAUAAAAUCAACUUAAAAUAAAAUUAUUAGAAGGCUGAAGAGGAACUUUGCAAAGCACAUCAGAUGCCAAGCAAGGAAAAUUAUAAAAUCUAUAAAAAUAAAUAAUGAGACUACCAAAACUUAUAGUGUGAUUGGGAAUAACACAAAUAGCUCUUUGGAGACUGAAUGUAAUAAAGAAUCCCAAUCAGACUCUAGCCCUGUGAAGAAUCUAGAGAGGUGAGUUCGAUGAACUCUUCCUAAAAAGCCUCCAAAUUCUGAUGAUUUUAUAAAAGUAAAGCUGUGUCAUAUCAAGCAUGAGGUCGAGAAGGAAGUUCCAUACUGUAAAUGUGCUAUUUCUCCCUCAAAAUCAAUAAAGAGGAAGUCAACUUUUCUAAAAGUAAAGAAAAAUACGCUCAAGGGUCAGGAUAAAUAAGCGUAAAGGAAGUAUCGUAAACACAAUAAAGAAUUCAGUUACCAUCAAAGAAAGGUCUGAACAUGGCGAUUCUGACAACAUCCCCAUAGGAAAGCUAAACUUCGGGAAGCUUGAACAACUAAUCGGUCUUCAGAAACUUCAGAAGACUAACGAGUACAACCAGAUCCAAAAUUCAGGGACAAAGAUCAAGUUCAGUAUCUCUAAUAUGGGCAAAGUCAGGAUCUCAAAAGCUGAUUUCCUAAAGAAGGAGAGGGACAAAUAAGAUCGUCAGGAAAAUGGAGCUUUUUCAGAAGGAUAAAAUACAGAAAUAUAUACAUCAGAUGAUCUGUGAAGAAGAAUUUGAACAGAAGAGAAAGCUUAAAGAGAAAAGACUUAGGAUAAAGUGGGAAAACCAUGCUAGUUUGGUUAAGAAGAAGAUUAAUAGAAUGAGAGAUGGGCAUCAGGAGGAUGGGGAUCAGCUAACAUCGUUCCAUAAUGUGGAGAAAUCUCCACAGGUCAGUCAGAAUAGAGAUGUGAAUGAUUGAGAGAAGAGACAUACGAGUCUUGAAGUUAAAUAAGGUUUUAGUGCCGAAUGAACGAUUAUACCCAGGCAUCAGUUUAAAUAAAAGGCCUUGAAGCAGACAAGAUAAAUCAUUGGAUUUGAAAGAUAAUAAAUUUACACACUCAGGGAGAGCAAACACAUCAUUCGAUCAAAUUAUUCAGAAAAAGUGUUAUGGGCGAGGAAACUUUUGGAAAAGAAUAUACAAGUUCAAGAAGAAGUAA